UCUUAAAAUGGACAUAGGCGUGGACGAGCAGAUCGCUGUUGCUGCAGCUUCCAUAAUUAUGUGCGGUUCUUGGUUAAAAAAAAGUUUUAACGUUGAAAAAGAAGGUGGUCGAUGCAAUCUUUAAAUAAAAAUCGUCAAAGAUAGGUUUUCGAAAUUUCGGAGUUGCUGAACCAUCUAAUAAUAGGCCACACCCGGCGAGCACCGGAAGACAAGCUUAGGCAUUUGAUUAGGUCAGUAAAGGGGUUUCCAUAAAAACUCAAAAACGACGAUAUCGACGGCAUCCACCGGACUUUCAUCUGAUACAAUGGCAGCCAGCGAUUCGGCAGGCGACGACUCCUUGUAUCCCAUUGCUGUUCUAAUUGAUGAACUCAAAAACGAGGAUGUUCAACUUCGCCUGAAUUCCAUAAAAAAACUUUCAACGAUCGCCCUUGCACUGGGAGUCGAACGGACCCGCAAAGAGUUGAUACCGUUUUUGACCGAGACCAUCUACGAUGAAGAUGAAGUGCUAUUGGCGCUGGCCGAACAACUGGGACAGUUUAUUUCAUUGGUGGGAGGGCCAGAGUAUGCAUACUGCCUGUUGCCCCCACUAGAAAGUCUCGCUACUGUUGAAGAGACCGUGGUUAGAGACAAAGCAGUUGAAUCGUUGAGAAUAAUAGCUCAACAGCACAGCCCGCAAGAUUUGGAAACUCAUUUUGUUCCAUUGGUACAAAGAUUAGCUGCUGGGGAUUGGUUCACCACCAGAAACUCCGCGUGUGGACUGUUUUCAGUAUGCUAUCCAAGGGUUUCAACGGCCAUGAAAGCAGAACUGAGAUCUCAUUUCAGAGCAUUGUGUCAGGAUGAAACGCCGAUGGUUCGUCGAGCAGCUGCUACGAAAUUGGGGGAAUUGGCACAAGUGGUGGAGCUCGAGUAUCUUAAAUCAGACUUGAUUCCGAUGUUCGUGAAUUUGGCUCAAGAUGAACAGGAUUCUGUAAGGUUGCUGGGGGUAGAAGCAUGCGUCAGUAUUGCGACAUUGUUGCCUCAGGAAGACGUGGAACAGCUGGUUAUGCCCACACUAAGACAGUGUACUGGAGACACUUCAUGGAGGGUGCGUUACAUGGUAGCAGACAAAUUUACGGAGCUGCAAAAAGCCGUGGGACCUGAAAUCACCAGGACCGAUUUGGUCCCGGCUUUCCAGAGCUUACUUAAAGACACGGAAGCAGAAGUACGGGCGGCGGCCGCUAACAAGGUCAAAGACUUCUGUCAGAAUCUCGACAAAACCCACCAAGAAAACAUCAUCAUGACCAAUAUUCUGCCGUGCGUUAAAGAAUUAGUGGCCGAUCCCAAUCAACAUGUCAAAUCAGCGCUUGCAUCGGUCAUCAUGGGCUUGAGUCCAAUCUUAGGCAGACACAAUACAAUUGAGCAUUUAUUACCUCUAUUUUUGACACAAUUGAAAGACGAAUGUCCAGAAGUCAGAUUAAACAUUAUAUCGAAUUUAGACUGUGUGAAUGAAGUUAUUGGUAUUCAACAGCUGUCACAGUCCCUUUUGCCUGCUAUCGUUGAGUUGGCCGAAGAUUCAAAAUGGAGAGUAAGGGCUGCAAUUAUUGAAUAUAUGCCUUUGUUGGCCGGGCAGUUGGGUAGGGAGUUCUUUGACGAGAAAUUGAACGCAUUGUGUAUGACUUGGUUGAUGGAUCAUGUAUUUGCUAUUAGAGAAGCUGCGACUUUAAACCUCAGGAAACUUGUGGACCAGUUUGGAGCGGAAUGGGCUGAAAGCACCAUUAUACCAAAGGUACUGGCAAUGUCACGGGACCAAAACUAUCUGUACCGUAUGACGUGUCUUUUUUGCAUCAACGUACUAGCCGAAGCGUGCGGCAGCGAUAUUACGACGCGGCUGUUGCUACCUACGGUUCUUAGCAUGGCAAAUGACAAGGUAGCAAACGUACGAUUUAACGUUGCUAAAACUCUUCAGAAGAUAGCGCCGCAAUUGGAUCAAGCAGUGAUCCAACCGCAGGUGAAACCUGUACUUGACAGACUAAACGUCGACGGAGACGUGGACGUGAAAUAUUCGGCAUCAGAAGCUAUCACGGGGAUCGCUGCAUUAGGUUGAACAGCGAUUGAGAAUAAUAUGUGUUUUAUUCAACUGGUGGUUGCAAAUGUGGAAUGAUUGGAAUCUGAAAAAAAAAUGUAAAAUUCGUCAUACAAAUUAAUACACAAUUAAUCUCAUAACUUGUAAUAUCACCUAAUCGAUGUUAUUAAUUCAGAAACUCAUACUGUAAAAUAGCGAUUUUUAGAGGUUAGAUUUGAAAGGUUACACACAUUGUCGUUUCUCCUUAAUUGUAUCACUAUUUAUUUUUUUACAGUAAAUUGCCAUGUUUAUUGUACUAGAGAACACAUUAUGGUUGGAUUUCUGAUUUUAUGUAUCUAAAUAAGAUUGUUUUGUAUUAUAAGUAGUUCUUUAUAUGAAAUAAAAUUAG